AAAUCAGUUUUCACGAAGAAUAAAGAAGAGGGAAUGUUAGAAUCUAUCGAAUUGUUGCCAAAUACUGGUACAUUUGUACAAGAAGUAGUGAAGUUCAGUGCAGUUGGAAGAGAAAUUUAUGAUCUAUUAUAUAUAUGCGAUAUUUGAAGAAAGAAAAGAAUAUUAUUUUGUAACUAUAAUUUAUACAUUUAUUAAUAUUUCUAAAUAUAUAAGGAAGCAAUAAUGGAAAGAGAAGAAGUAAUAAAAAAUUUACGUGCAUGUCUUAUAUCUUCAAAAGGUGGUGUCAAAAUGGAAGACCUAAAUAGAGAUUAUAAAAUGCUCAUUGAUGAAAAUAUACCAUUUCGAAAAUUAGGAUAUCAGUCCUUAGUUGCCUUUUUACGUACUGUACAAAGUGUCAGAAUUAUUGAAAAAGCAGGAGAAUGUUUUGUGGAGGCUAUACCUAGUGAAGAAUCUGCACAUAUUACAAAGUUAAUUGCACGACAAAAAACAGUGACUAGAAAAUAUAAAAAAUUGGUAAAUACUCGAAAACCAACACCAUUCCGUCAACCUAUGAUGACAAAAAAAAAUGUUCACAAUAAAAGUAGCAAUAAUAAUGUAUAUUCACAAAUAAAUGGAAGACAAAAUAUAUCAUUUCCUACUAUGUCUACAAGAAUUACUAUUCAUCAAAAUAAUGAGAAACCUAGAUAUAUACAAUCUAAUUGUGGAAUUCCACCAAGCUCUCCUAGCAAAAGACUGAAAGAUAAACAAAUGAAUUCUGUUUUAUCAUCAAAUCAAAGUAUUAUUAAUAAGCCUAGAGAUGAGUUGCAAAUAAAAAAUAAUUUAAAGGCAAUAACGCCUGUGAUAAGUCAAAAACCAAAGACUGCUGAUAAUAAUUUGGAAAUGCUUCCUAAAAAAACAUCAAAUUUAAGUAACAGACUCAAAGUAAAUUCUAAUAUACCUUCAUUGUUGAAUUUACAUACUAAUAUUUCAACAUCUUCUCAUCAACCUAAAGUGUUAUCACCUCUUUCACCUGGUCAAGUUUUAGCAGAUGGUAAUAUAACAAAAUUACAACAAUCAUCAAUAAAUUCAAUUAUAGCAUUAGAUAAUAUUAAAAAAAAUGUGCCAAAACCACAACAUAUUGAUCCAAGAAAUGAAUUGAAAAAGAGAGCUAAUGCCUUAAAUCUUCCUGAACCUGUGUAUCAAAUUUGUCCUACAACAAUUAAAAAUACUAAAGAACCAACUGUAUUUGCACAAGUUAAGAUUGGUCCUCAUGGAUAUUCAAGUUACCCAGAAGAAGCACGUUCUGAAGAUGAAGCACAAAAACUUGCAGCAAAAUUUGCUUUACUCGAUCUUACUGAGAAAUAUGGUUUAUCUUUUAGUUUUAAUGAAACUAAAGACAAAAAUAUAAUAAAAGGACGAGUUUUAUCGAUAAUAGAUGCCCAUCCAAAUGGUAUUUUUAUGCAUCAGAUUCCUAUGUAUUAUAAACAACAAUUUGAGGAAAUUUUGCCAGGAAACUGGGAAAAAACUAUUGAAGCGAGUCCGGAAAUCAUUUUAGAAAAAGGUGUUGAUAAUUCAGUAAUUUUACGUCGGUUUAUUUCGUCUCCUGAGAAGAUACGUAAUAUAAUAUCAUCAAAGACAGAUAAAAUACAAUUAAAUCCAAUUGGUCCUAUUGCACCUGGACAAUUGCAAUUACCAGAAGAAGAUUUUUGGAUUGUAUCCGUUACUUGCGUUAUGAGUACUAUUGAAAUAUGGGUUAGAAUUGUAGGAGAUGCAUACAGUGAACAAUUUGAUAUUAUGUCCACUGAAAUGAGUCAACAUUAUAGUAAAAUUCAACAAUCUACCAAACAAUUAGUUAUUGAAACUGGAAAUUAUUAUGUUAUAUUUGAAGAUGAAUCAUGGCACAGAGUACGCUGUGUAGAUUAUAAUGUUGCAAAUGGAAUGGUUACAGUUUCAUUUAUUGAUUAUGGUGAUGAGGAUACUUUUCAUUACAGUAAAUUGCAAAUAUUGGAUAAAAAAUUUUGUGUGCUUCCUGCUCAAGCAUUAAGACUGUGUCUUUCUGGUUUGGAAGACUUCAGUGACUGUGAUAGCAUUGUUAACCAAGCUGAAAAACUUCUGCUUGAUCGUGCUUUUUAUGUGGAAGUAUUAAGUCGCAACAAAGAUCAAAAUAAACCUUCUGCAACAGUUGUAUUUUAUGACACAGAUGGACCAGAUGAUAUCAAUUUAAAUAUAGAAUUGUUUAAACAAAUUUUACAAAGUGUAAUAGUUGCUCCUAAAUUAGAUAUUGAAGGGCAAGUAUCUGAAGUAUUUAUUUCUCACAUAGAACAGAAUGGUGACAUUUAUGUACAAGUACAAUGUGAAAGUAUGAAACUUUUAGUUAGUUUAUUAAAUCGAUUAAUUUGUACUGGAUUAAAUUCAGAAGAUCUAGAAAACUGUAUUGUAACUACAGUUGAUUCUAGUAAAACAUACUUUGUAUCGGUAAAUAACAAUUGGUACAGAGGAAAGCUUUUAAGUGAUGAUUCUUACAAUCAAUUAAGUGCAUUUUUAAUUGAUUUUGGUAAAACUGUCACUACAACGAAAAAUAAUCUUCUUUCUUUAGAAACGUUAUCUCAAGUUUUAGCAAGUUAUCCUCCUCAGGCUUUGAAAGUACAUCUUCAUAACAUUGAUAAAUCAAUGUUCAAUGAAAAGAUGGUUGCAAAACUUGCAGAACUUGCACCAAAAGGCGAAUCACUUCUUAUAAAAGUAGUAUCAUCUCUAAAUGGAAUACCAGUUGUAGAAUUAUUUAAAAGAAUUCAACCAAGUAACAUGCUUGUUUCUGUAAAUAAUACUCUAGCUCUUGAAGAAGAACUUACAAAAACACAUGGCGAUGGUAAUAAUAAUGUAAAACCAAGAAAACGUAUAGAACGUAUAAAUUCUAAACUCGCAAGAGAUGACGACGAUGAAGUUGUAAAAUCUUUAAAACCACCAAAAAUCUCUGGUAUUGGUGAAUAUUUCGAUGUUCAUGUAACAAUGGCAGCUCAUCCUGGAAAUUUUACUAUUCAACCAUUUGAUGACAAACGAUUGUUAGAAACAAUGAUGAUUUCAUUACAAGAAGCUUGUCAAACAUAUAAAGGUUCAGCUCCAACUUUAGAAUUAAUAAAAGAAGGUAAACUUUAUGCAGCCCAACAUAUUGAUGGUCACUGGUAUAGGGUAUGCAUUUCAAGUAUAAUUAAAGAAAAUAUGGUUAGUGUUUAUUUUUGCGAUUUUGGAGAUGUAUCAGUACUGCCAUUAAAUAAAUUACAACCUUUGAAAAGUCAGUUUUUAGAACUACCAUAUCAAGCUAUUAAAGCGAGACUUGCUGGCAUACGACCUAUUAAUGUUGACUGGUCUGUUGAAGAUAGUUUAAGAUUUCAAGAAUUAGUUGUGGAUAAAAAUUUCGUAUCAAUAGUUGUUGAAUCCAAACCCGAUGGAUUGUCUCCUGCUGAUACUAUAUUGGGUUUAAAAUUAAUAGAUGUUAAUACAGCUGAAGAUAUUUACAUUGAUCGACUUUUAGUAGAAGAAGGUCGAGCUACAGUCAUUGAUUAAAGAAACAUGCAUAGUGUGCAUACAUGGAUAUAGUUGAAAAAAACAAAAUUAUCAUAGUGAAACUAACUAGUUUCUGAUCUUUGGUAUGCAAUAUAUGUACCUACAGAUUAAUAAUUGUUUCCUAUAUUUAUGCUAAACAAACUUUGUACAGUUUUACGUUUGAGAACAUAGUUGUUUGUAUAUAAAAGUAAUAUUUUUAUUUAAUAGUAUUUGCAAAAUACUUAGACAUUGAUAAUUCAUAAAAAAAAAAAACAAUAAAAAUAAUAGUAAUAUGAAUGUAUAAACAUGCACCAAACAAAUGUGUAUGUAUAUACAUAUUAUCUAUAUCUAUAUCUAUAAUAUCCUUUAAGAAUUACAGUUCUUUAUUUUUUCAAAAAUAAUAAUUUAUUAAUCUAACUUUUAAAAAUGAUAUGUAUGUAUUCUUAGAUUUGUGACUAAGACUAUAUUUAAUUUUUGAAUAAUUUCUUUAUGUUGCAGAAUAAUUGAACACAUACUUUUUCAUAUAUUCAUAUAUUUUUUCAUAUAUUUUUGUUAGUAUAUUCUAUUUUUUUAAGAUAUUUGAUUUUUUAAUAUUUUUUUCUUGUUUAGUUCUUAUUAACAUGCGAUAUAAUUACAAAUUGGCUGUGGCAUAUAAAAGACAAAAAUAUUUUGGCGAAAAUAGAUAGCAUUCCAUUUCUUCUAAUACAUUGGUAUGCGCUUUUUUUCAUUAAUUUUUUCUUAUUUAUAAUUUUAUGAGGAUAUUAAAUGAUAAAAAAUA